UAUGCGCACCACGUAUUUAUCUGAAUCAAUUCCGGUGUAUAUCAACCCUAUGUAGUGAUCAAAUGCUGGCUCCCGUGUAAGCUGGCUCCGCCUACCCGGCGCCACAACCUCGGUCGUCUGCCCCGCCAAACCGGACCUCGAUGCAGCCGAUCGGCAACUUCACCAACAUCAUCUGUCCGCCUCCGCACUUUUCUCUUUCUUCCUUCCAAUUCACAUUUCCUCUCAUCAGUAUACCUUUUUUUUCAAUUCAUUCCCAAAUCGCACCACCACCAUGCCUCGCGUACUCAACAUUAGGAAAAUCGACGGCAAGCCCGGCGAAGUAUACUACCCGUAUGUCUUUCCCCCGCCACAACCUCUCGUCCCUUUCAAUCUAUGCUAACACAAUCGUCAGACUCGUUAUUCGCGAGGUCCCCAAGCCAACGCCCGGCCGGAAACAGCUCCUCGUCCGUCUAACAGCGGCAGCCCUCAACCAUCGCGACCUCUUCAUCCGCCACCACCAGUACCCCGCCAUCUCCUUCACGGCGCCCAUGCUCGCCGAUGGCUGCGGCACCGUGAUCCAAGCCGGCCCCGACAGCACACGCGGAGCAUCUCUCCUCAACAAGUCCGUCAUCUUGACCCCCAUGCGCGGCUGGGAAGCCGAUCCCGCGGGCCCCGAGGACGGCCGCCGCUUCUCCGUCACAGGCUCCAGCAAGCUCUGCGAAGAGGUUGGCACAGCACAGGACUACAUUGUAGUAGACGAGGACGAGGUUGAGCUUGCCCCCGAGCACUUGUCCAAUGCGGAGGCUGCUGCUCUUCCUCUCGUCGGUCUUACGGGCUGGCGUGCGCUCGUGACAAAGGGCGGUAUCACAGGCGCUGGUCAGAACGUGCUGAUUACGGGCAUUGGCGGCGGCGUUGCGCUCCAGAUGCUGCAGUUUGCUGUGGCUCUCGGCGCAAAUGCGUACGUCUCGUCUGGCGACCAGGCCAAGAUUGACAAGGCGGUUGCGAUGGGCGCCAAGGGCGGCGUCAUCUACAAGAAUGACGACUGGGCCAACGAUCUUGCGCACCAGUUGCCUGAGGACAGACCGUUUUUGGAUGCCGUGAUUGACGGCGCGGGUGGUAAGCUUGUAGGCAAGGUGGUGCGCCUGAUGAAGCCGGGUGGCGUGAUUGCGCAGUAUGGCAUGACGGUGUCGCCGAAGAUGGACUGGCUGAUGACGGCGGUGCUCGCCAACAUUGACCUGCGCGGGUGCACGAUGGGCUCGAAGAAGGAGUUUAGAGACAUGAUUGCAUUUGUGCGCCAGCAUAAGAUUAAGCCUGUCAUCAGCAAGACGGUGAAGGGAUUGAGCAACCUCGAUGGUAUUGAUGGGUUGUUUGCAGACAUGGAGAAGGGCGCGCAGUUUGGUAAGCUGGUUAUUGAGAUUGGCGAGGAGCCCUCAUCCAAACUGUAAUGUUUAGAUCUAGUGACAUAUUUUCACGAAACGAAUGAUAUACGAUAA